CAUACACGUUACAUCAGAUCACGUGACAUUGUUGCCUUACGUAAGAUCCAACUCAGUGCAAACGUAGCGGCAGCCCAGGACGUUACACAAGUAACCCAGGGUCAGCUUACAUAAGGCUAGUCACAAGCCAAACGAUUCGAUAAUUGUUGGUGUUCAGUCAGUUUGGUGCCCUCCAGGGUGGCAGUCCACAUCCCACACACCAUGGUGGACCUGGCCCAGGAAGCGUUCAACGCCGCCAACUACGAACUCGCCGCCGAGGUGUUGGAGAGGGAGAUCGCGGAGGAAGGGUUGACCCAGGACCGAGCGCUGGGGAGAGCGGAUGCGCUGGCGAUGCAGGGCAACUUCCACGCUGCCUUUGAGGCUUACCAUCUAGCCUUUAAGAUGGGGAAGGUCGCUCACGAAAGGCUGAAUCACUUGGUGACGGCUCUAGUUCGCGUCUUCUCGGCGAAAACCGGGGUGAUACAGGCCGAGGGAGGAGAAGACAAGGCUACGGACUUCCUACGGGACGUGGUGAUGUGUGCUGUCUGCCAAGGCCUGCUCUUCGAGCCGGUGACUAUCCCAUGCGGCCACACGUUCUGUAAACGUUGUAUCGAGAAGGACCCAUCAAAAACCUGUCCCAGAUGUAGGCUUCGCUUCACAGAAGCAGAAUACCCGGACUGCCAAGUUUUAAAACCUACUGUCAUCCUGUGCAAUAUCUUCGACAAGUGGUGGCCAGACGAAGUCAAAGCUGUGAGACUGAAAUGGGAAGGCAACGACUUGUUCUCCAAAAAGGAUUUUUCUAAAGCUACGGAGAAGUACACAGAAGCUCUGAAUUUAGUUCCCGGUGAUCCUAUCCUGCACAGCAAUCGCUCGCACGCCUACUCCAGCAACCAUGAAUGGUCCCUGGCACUUAAAGAUGCCCUCCAGGUCUGCCAACUAAGACCAGACUGGCCCAAGGGCCACUAUAGAAAAGGCAUGGCGCUGAUCGGAAUGGGCAGACAUGAAGAGGCCAUGUCUUGCUUCCUGCAAUGCCUGACUCUGGAUCCUGAUGUCAGACCUGCAAAAGCAGAGCUAGAAAGGCUCCUCCACAACCUCCUGUCCCCAACCAGCGAGCUACCCCCCCUCCACCUGGGUACCAAGCUGUCGGCCCCCCAGCCCCAUCACACCCCCACCCCCUCGCUGGUCCACUCCCUGGCUGCAGCGUCUCUCAAUGAGCCAUCCGGUGAGGAGGAGAGUCCAAUGGUCACUGAUGAAAUAGGGGGGAGCAGCGUAGAAAGGAGAGGGGCAGAUGAAGCCGGACCAAGCAGAGUGGGGAGCGUGCACAUGAGAAGUGUCCACGAAUGUUGUUAUGAAGAGAGAAUGGAAGAGGAGUCCAGUAGUGACAGUGAGCUGGAGAUGGGGAGAGGCAAGGGAAGGAGAAAAACAAACAGUGAUGCCAGGUUAAAAGCAUGCUGCUCAGAGCCUGUCCUCUUGGAACAAGAGUUGGAAAUGUGUGGAAGGAAACGUACCAACUCAGAAAGCUCACCGAACGACAGCCCAUCUAAGUCUGUAGGUGAAGAUAUUUAUCAUAAAAUGCUCUUUGUUUUUGUAGGUGCCAAACAACAAGGGAAGCUGAAGGAACCAUCACCUGAUCUUAUUGAUGCGGAGGACUUUGAAUGCAGUCUUUGCAUGAGGCUGUUCUACAAUCCAGUCACUACCCCCUGUGGGCACUCGUUCUGCCGAGACUGCCUCCUGCGAUGCCUGGACCAUGACAAUAAGUGCCCACUGUGCAAGUUCUGUCUCAAAAUUUACCUGGCAGAAAGGAGAGACAAGGUGACCGACACUAUUGACAAGAUCAUCAAACAUUUCCUGGGCAAGGAACAGGUGAAGAGGCAAGCUGUACAGGAAGAGGAGGUGGCUGAACUGGCCAGGCUGUCGGAACAGAUGCCCAUCUUCGUGUGCACCGUGGCGUAUCCCACAGUGCCCUGCCCCCUGCACAUCUUUGAGCCCCGCUACCGGCUCAUGCUGCGCCGCUGCCUGGAGACUGGCACUCGCCAGUUCGGGAUGUGCAUCUACUCCCCAGAUGGAGGGUACAUGGAACAUGGUACGGUCCUAGAAAUCCGUGACGUGAGCUUCAUGCCUGAUGGUCGCUCCGUGGUCGACACCGUCGGGAAGAGCCGCUUCAAGGUGCUGGACCGUGGCGUGCGGGACGGGUACAACAUCGCCAAGGUGGAACCCAUGGCGGACGCACGCGUGGAGGGCGAAGAGAAGGCAGCGCUCGAGCGGCUGAACCAAGCGGUCUACCAAGAAGCCACCGCCUGGGUGCAGAGCCUUCCCGCGAACACCAUCGACCGGAUCUUGCAACACUUCGGCAACAUGCCAGAGUGUGAGGCGGACCCGCAGGCGAGCCCUGAUGGCCCCGCGUGGACGUGGUGGCUCCUGGCCAUCCUGCCGGUCGACCAGCGGAUCCAGUACACCAUUCUGGUCAUGACUCCGCUCAAGGACAGGCUAGAGGCCCUGCGACGCAUCCUGUCAUGUAUCAGAGGGAGGCAAUGACUAGGCCUAGCCUGGAAGGUGGUGUUAGGAGCAGCUGUAGCUGUAACUGCCGCUUUCAUAGCUUUCUGACUUAAAUGAUUAAAUUAAGCGCGCACAUUGUAGAUUCAGGAUUUACGUAUAUUACAUGGGAAUUAUAGGAUAGUCGGGUGAUAUACAGGCUCAAAUUUGAAAAGCUUGGCCAACAGAAAAUUACACGUUAAAAAUGGAGAAAUGUAGCGUCUUUGAAAAGUUACCUAUUUUGGAGGAAGGUGUGAAGUCACAGACUUUGGCAUUGUUACAAGCACCUCUCUGCCUGGAUGUCAAGAAGCUUUCAAUAGAUAACCUCCUUGUCCUGGAUUGAAUCUUAUGAUAACAAGAUGGAGGUUAGAGAAUUGUUGCAUUUUCCAUGUCGUGUAAACGAGCAAACUGGCGUCACUAGGGAGAAGUGUUUCGACUUGAUUUGAUAUGUAAAACAGGUCUUUUCGAUGAAAACGUCGCCAAAGUAUUGCAAGCAAUAUUGGCAUAUUAGGGAAACUGUGUCAGAAUCUGUAUUCACUGAAAUUGUGAGAUGAGAACAAGUUAUUGUGCUUCAGAUUUCAUGCAGUACCCUCAGAAGUGUCUGUACUCAAUAAGCCCUUAAAAAGCAUGUUAACAGGUUUUGUAUCUAAAUUCAUUUGCUUCUGAUUCAUGAUAAAUAUAUUUAACAACAGGUCUAUAUUCAAUAAGUCUAUCCUUUAAAUGGGUAUACUUUACAUGGAGAAGUGACAUGUAUUAUGUCAGUACAAAUGCACUUUUCAGUGAUAAUGCUUGAUAAUUAGUUAACAUUCUCAUAUCAAUCAUUAUUUAACACAGUGAAUUAGUGACUUAUAAGCAUAUGCUGAACAAGAAUUAAAGAUAAUAAUAAGUAACUUUCUAAAUAGA